AGGACUGCUCUUCCCACACCUAAUAUAUAUUAUUUCUUCUCCGAUAUUCCUACCAGGAUCUAUCUCAUCUCGUCUCUUUCACUCCCUCUUUGCGAUUUUAUAGACCACAGUAUAAAUUUGAUUUGAUUCAAGAUAGUCACGUACGAAUACCAACCAUAUAUAUACAGACAGAUCUGGAGAUUGAUCAUGGAUGCAGCUUCUAGUGACCAUUCGAUUCAUAGCUCCAGAAUUGAGCAUGUGUUCUCCCCUGCAACCGUGGAAGGGAAGAAGCGGGUGGUUCAUGAUGAACUGGACUUCUUUGCUGAUCAUCACAAGGGUUGUCUGAAAGAAACAGAUCAAACCCUUGAAUCUAAUGAAGACAUGGCUCAAGAAAAGGAACUAGAUACUGGUUUGAAUCUUACAACAUAUACCAGUACCAGCGGUAAAUCAUCUACGGAUGAUGGAUCAACAUCUCAUAGUAUGGAAAAUCACAAACAAACAAUAAGUGAGCUAGAAGUUGUUCAAGCCGAGUUGGGGCGUAUGAACACGGAGAAUCAACGGUUGAGAGUUAUGAUUACUCAGGUCAAUAACAAUUACAAGAGCUUACAGGUUCAUCUCUUGGAAUUCAUGCAACGCCAGCAAAAUCAACCAUUACAACAACACAAUAAGAUGGUCAUAAAUGGAUCAGCACCAGGAGAGAAGCAGAUAAUGAACAAUAUUGUGCCUAGACAAUUUAUGGAUAUGGGAAGGGCUGCAAAUACCACUCAUCAUGAGAAGAAUGAGCUUGUUUCACACUCUUCAUUGGAUACUGCUAGAUCUAAUAUCGUUUGUUCUGGCUCGCCUCCCAUCGUUGAGUCAAUGAAGCAGUGCAAGAGUACAGUUCAUAGGGGCAGUACUAAAAGAACUUCUGGGGGUGCUGAAGAUAGCUUAGAAGGGCAAGAAUUUACAGCUGGGAGUCCUGGUUGGGUUCCUAAGAAAAUUCUCGAGUUGAGUUCUGGAGACGUCGAUGUAGAUCAUCAGGCUUCUGAAGAAACCAUAUCCAUGAUUAAGAAAGCUCGUGUUUCUGUUCGAGCACGAUCUGAAGCUUCCAUGAUAUCUGAUGGAUGCCAAUGGAGGAAAUAUGGUCAGAAGAUGGCCAAAGGGAACCCUUGCCCUAGAGCUUAUUAUCGUUGUACAAUGGGAACUGGUUGCCCAGUUCGAAAACAGGUACAAAAAUGUGCAGAAGACAAAACCAUACUCAUAACAACAUAUGAAGGGCAACACAACCACCCACUCCCACCUGCUGCAAUGGCCAUGGCAUCCACUACAUCAGCAGCAGCAUCAAUGCUACUUUCUGGCUCAAUGCCCAGUGCUGAUCCUCACCAUGCACUAAUGAACUCACCAUCAAACAAUUUCUUACAGAGAACUCCUAUUCAUUAUCCACAGCUGCCAAAUUGCCCACCAAGCUUUGCAACUCUUUCAGCUUCAGCCCCGUUUCCGACGGUUACACUGGACCUCACUCGCUCUCCAAAUAACCCAUCUGAGACUAAGGCACUGAACCAAUUACCAAAUUUUUCUCAAAACAUGCCCUUGCCACAUGUUUUAGGCAAAGCCUUUUGCAACAACGAAUCAAAACUUUCCCUUUUAGAUGGUUUUCGGGGACUGGAGACUUCUACAAAUCACUCAGUCCUGGCUGACAAAGUGAGUGCAGCAACCGCAGCCAUCACAGCUGAUCCAACUUUCACAGCAGCUCUAGUGGCAGCCAUUACCACUAUCAUGGGGAAUAAUGCGCAUUCAAACAAUAAUACCAACAACAAUAUUACCACACGAAACAGCAUUGAUGAUAAUACAUGAACAUCAAUCAUUUUAUUUCACUUUCUU